UGCUGCUAUUACAAAACGACCAGAUGAAAUGCAGCCGAAACUAAAAGCCGGUGGGGGAUUAUUUUCCUUUUUUAAGACUGAAAAAGGCCGGAAACUGGUCUUCUAUGCGGCGGGAGCUACCACAGUUGGACUCUUUGUGGGAAACUUCCUGCCGCAUACCUUUGGCCUAAAGUAUUACCGGGAAUUUGUGCAAUGCUAUCAAAACGGCAUCGAGCGCCCUGUAUCGGAGGCAGUGCAGCAGCGCCUAGAAAAGGCACUGGACCAGUUGGGUCUGGAGCCCUUUGAGCGCAAGUUUGUGCGGCCCUUUACUGUCUUUGGAUUCGAUCUCUUCCAGGCGGGUACCACCAAAUUACGAUUCGGAGGCGCCCUUGGCAUACCCGUGAACUAUGCCUAUGCCAGUCCGGAGGAGAUCAAACGGGCCGACAUCCGCUUCAGGGAUCAGCAGAUCAACUGGAGUUCUCCCAGCGGAAAGCUCCUGGAGGAGGCGAUCGUCUUGAACGAGGAUGAACAAAUCUUCGGUCUGAGCAAAGCUGUGCUGCAGCUUCAAACUCAUCGGGUGCUCCUAAACUCAAUAUUUCCCAGCGUGAGCUUCCUGAUGGUUUACACCAUGGGUCACUACCUGAACCUCCGACUCGACCUGUUUGCCCGCCAUGGAAGCGUACGAUUCGUCUUGUACAGUAUCCUGGGACUCUUUGGCAUAGGACUCUGGUCUUUUAUGAAGGAUUACAAUCAAGUGAGCACGGACGCAGAGAUUGACAAGCGGCUGGCCAGCAUGGGUCCCGAUUUCGUGGCUGCCGGAGCCAGCUACUACGAUAAGCAUUUAAAGAAGAACAUCGCGCUUAGGGAUCUGAUUGGAGAUGAUACUUACACCGCCCUGGGCAACGAGAACUACAUGCUCCGCCAGAAAUCCAUGCCGCUUACAGCUCGAAAAUCCUUUUUCCUGGAGAAGCUGAAUGAAUUAAAGAAAGCGCAAGAGGCAGAGACCCAGUAAAGAGUUAAGUUGUUAAGUUUUUAUUGCAAAUUGAAAAAAAAAACGUUUCCAAUUAUUA